AUGGCACUAAAUUUAAAACACCUAUUUACACAAGUUCUCCCCCAAGUUGAUUUCAAUAUCACCUCGUGCGGGAUAACAAUUUUGAGUCCCAGACUCACAACUCCUCGUUUAAUCCCAUACGAUCAGGCCGGUCGUUGCAAGGAGUGCAAGAGUACCGAGGUUGAACUUGACUUUAUUGUAACAAAGGAGGGUGUUACGAUUUAUUGUACCCGCCUAAGUUCCGGUUCACGAUUUGUGCCUUUUGAUUCAAUAUAUGAGUUGCCCACACAUUGCUUCUUCAAAGUUAAGAAUAAAGGGAGAGUGUUUAAUGUACCACAUGGCUUACAAAAUCAGCAAACUAUACAUAAUACACCAAAUUCAAAGAGUGGGAAAAGGAAAUUUGAUGAGUUGUCUCCUUCUACUACUCUUGCUCCUCCAACUAAAUAUUUGACUUCUCCUCCCCGUCAGGUUUCUCCUCCGCCUACUCUCGCUACUAAUUUACCUUCUCCUCCCCGUCAUAUUUCCUAUGCUUCGCUUAUACCUUCAGAUGAUUCUCCUCCUCGUCCUGAUACACCUCCAGAAGAAGUUCCGUUUGAGAAGGAGCUCCAGGAAUUUUAUGAUAGUUUAAUGGCAGCUACUACUGGAUUAACGUCAUCUCCAAAGAAGAUGGAAGAGAAGGUUGAGAAGAAAGAGGAAAAGGAUGAUACAAAAGUUCCUAUAUAA